AAGAUAGAUUUUCGGUUAAGGACACAAACAAAGCUAACAGUGAGAGGAGAAAUGGGAAAUGAAAUCGCUCCUUCCCUGUAGCUUGGGGAGGGAGAAGAAGAUUAGAGGAAAUCAUCAUCAUCUUCUCUGCAACUAUUAACCUCAGAAACAUGAGGAGAGAGAGAGGAACCCUAGCUGCAUCUUCUUCUUCUUCGAGCAGUUUCGUCCAUCCACCGCCUGAAGACGCCUGGCUUGACGCCUAUCUAAAAUUGCUGCCGCAAUGGCAAUCUCUUGCUCUCUCCCAACAGUUAGCGAUCCCCAUAUCAAUAUCUAGAGUAAACCAGAUAGAUGCACAAAGACUAGACAUUGAAAUAUCAGCUAUGUUGAAGGAGCAAUUAGUUAAGGUCUUCUCAUUGAUGAAGCCAGGAUUUUUGUUUCAAUUUGAGCCGGAGCUAGAUGCUUUCCUUGAAUUUCUUAUUUGGAGAUUCUCUAUUUGGGUUGAUAAGCCUACACCAGGAAAUUCUCUCAUGAAUUUGAGAUAUAGAGAUGAACGGGCAAUUGAACCUCGUGGAAAAUUUAGAACAGGCUUGGAAGGACCAGGACUCACAGUUUUUCAGAAGCUGUGGUAUUGUGUUGCUACUGUUGGUGGUCAAUACUUCUGGACACGUUUACAAUCAUUUUCUGCCUUCCGCAUAUGGGGAGAUUCUGAACAGAGGUCAUUGGCUCGUGGCACAUGGGUUUUUAUACAACGAAUAGAAGGAUUUUACAGAGCUGCAACCUUUGCCAAUUUGCUCAUAUUUCUGUGCACAGGAAGGUAUAGGAACCUUAUAGAAAGACUUCUGCAGGCCAGAUUAGUCUAUGGUAGUCCCAACAUGAAUCGAGCUGUUAGCUUUGAGUAUAUGAACAGACAGUUAGUGUGGAAUGAAUUCUCGGAAAUGCUUUUGUUGCUUCUUCCACUUCUUAAUUCAUCAUCUAUAAAAAACAUUCUCUAUCCAUUCUCAAAGGAUAAAUCAUCAAAUUCUGCUGCAGAUGAUACCAUAUGUCCCAUAUGCCAAUCAAAUCCCACUAUACCAUAUCUAGCCCUUCCUUGUCAACACAGAUACUGUUAUUAUUGCCUUCGGACUCGAUGCUCGGCAUCUCAAUCAUUCAGAUGUUCAAGAUGCAACGAACCCGUGGCUGCAAUGCAAAGGCAUAGCGCUGUGAUUGAUGAUUCGAAUAGGUAAAUAUUUGGGAUUUGGAGUAAAAUUUAUAUGGAGAUUUUGUUAUAUUGGCAGAACUCCUAAGAUAUUUCUUUGAGGGUGUUUGGGAUUCCUUCAAAAAAGCACUAUUGAUUCCUUUUCUGAAAAAAGCUGGUUUCAUUCUUUUGUCAA